AUGAAGCGCGGGUUUUUUAUAGUAGCACUAUUGGCAGUAUGUGCAGCCCGCAAGGAUCAUGAUCAUCCUGUUUUACCCAUAGACAAAAACUUCAAAGCUAUAGAUGAAGAGCUAAAGACAGAAUUCUGGAUGGAGAAGGCUCAAAAUAUUUUGGCUCAUAAACUACAAAAUCUCAAUGAGCCCAAUACCCAAAGAGCCAAGAAUGUCAUUUUAUUUUUGGGUGAUGGCAUGUCAGUGCAUACUGUCACUGCAACAAGAGCCUUUAUGGGAGAUAGCAGCAAGCAGGUAUCCUUUGAGAAAUUUCCCUACUUGGGCCUUUCACGCACCUAUGCCGUGAAUAAAAGAACGCCCGAUUCGGCUACUACGGCCACGGCUUAUUUAAAUGGUGUUAAGGCCAAUUAUGGAACAAUUGGUGUUAACGCACAAGUAACGCGAGCUGACUGUUACAAGGCCAAUGAUACCUCCACACAUACCGAAAGCAUAGCCAAAUGGGCUCAGGACGCUGGAAAGUGGGCUGGCUUGGUUACCACAGCCAGAGUUACCCAUGCCUCUCCGGCUGGGGUAUAUGCCCAUACGGCCGAACGACAAUGGGAAAAUGAUAGGGCUAUAACCAAUGAUGGAUGCAGUGCCGAGGUUAAUGUGGAUAUAGCCCGUCAACUGGUGGAAUGGCCGGUGGGCAAGGAUCUUCGUGUAGUGCUGGGUGGUGGUCGCCGAAAUUUCCGAGAUCGCAGCAUGAAUGAUGAAGAAGGCUCCGCAGGCUAUCGCACAGAUAAUAGAGAUUUGAUACAAGAAUGGUUGGCUGCCAAAAAAGAGCAGAAAAAAACCGCCCAAUAUGUUUGGUCCAAAAAGGGUUUAGAAAUAGUGGAUUUAGCUAAGACAGAAUAUCUCUUGGGCUUAUUUAGUGAAUCACAUUGCCCUUAUCACGGCGACUUGGCUAGAGAUAAAUUGGAGAACUCAGAUCCUUCAUUGUCUCAGAUGACUGAGACAGCCAUUAAAAUGUUGAGCAAGAGUGAAAAGGGUUACUUUUUGUUUGUGGAAGGAGCGCGCAUAGAUAUGGCCCAUCAUGACUCAAGGGCCCAUAGGUCUUUAGAGGAUACUGAGGAAUUUGCCAAGGCUGUGGAAUUGGCUCGCAACAUGACCAGUGAACAGGAUACCCUAAUAGUGGUGACCUCAGAUCAUUCGCACACCAUGACCAUAAAUGGUUACCCGAAUCGUGGUGAAAAUAUUUUCAAAUUGGCACCUAGCCUUGCUAAUGAUGGCUUGCCUUAUACAGUGCUCUCUUAUGCCAAUGGUCCUGGGUUUUCCAAAACCUAUUCCUCCAGCAAAGGCCGCAAGGACUUAACCGAUACUGAUGUUCAAGAUCCCAAAUAUAGAUUCAUGGCUACCGUGCCCAUGGACUCUGAAACCCAUGGCGCCGAUGAUGUUGGGAUCUUUGCCUCUGGCCCCCAUGCCCAUUAUUUCACCGGCAACUAUGAGCAAAGCAAUAUACCCGCUCUUAUGGCUCAUAUAGCCAACAUAGGACCAUUUGCUGAUGAUAAACUGUGAUAAUAACCCCCAAAAGUUCCUGCCAUUCUGCCUCGAAUCCAAUGGAAAGGAAAUGUACUACGCUUAGAUCCUAAACAAAUAAAGUGAAGCAGGCUUCAGUGAUGAUGUCUGUGUUAAGUUUUAAUAAAAU